CCCCUCCAAAUCAUUGGAUUCAGGUGUUCCAAUCACUUCCAUGGACACAGGUGUAUAAAAUCAAGCAUCUAGGCAUGCAGACUGCUUCUACAAACAUUUGUGAAAGAAUGGGUCGCUCUCAGGAGCUCAGUGAAUUCAAGCGUAGUACCGUGAUAGGUUGCCACCUGUGCAAUAAGUUCAUCCGUGAAAUUUCCUUGCUACUAAAUAUUCCACGUUCAACUGUUAGUGGUAUUAUAACAAAGUGGGAACAACAGCAACUCAGCCCACCAGCGGACUCUAGAGUAGUGGAGACGUGUUCUCUGGAGUGACGAAUCACGCUUCUUUGUCUGGUAAUCCGAUGGACGUGUCUGGGUUUGGCGGUUGCCAGGAGAACGGUACUUGCUUGACUGCAUUGUGCCAAAUGUAA